CACGGAUUCCCUCAAAAACCCGUUUUCUUCUGAGAAAGCACAAAAGAGGAAGAGGCAGCACCAAAAUAAACACAGGUUGGUGAUUGUAGAACCAAAAAGAGGAACCAAAAGAGAGUGGGAGGGAGAGGGCGACAUCAGGCUCAGAAUAACAGAUGCGAUAUGAGUGUGUAUCCCAUGACACAGCCCAACCUCACCAUCCCCAAAGGUCAAAUCUACAGCUGAUAUUUCAAUAUUGCUCUGUGCUGUGUUGGUAUUUUUCCUCAGUCCCAUGCAUUGCUGUCAAAUGGUCCCACCACGGUCAAUUCUCCUCCAUAAAUCUGCAAUGCAGAUGUUUCCAGCCCAGCCUGUUUUCCAAGCUCUGCAAUCAGUCUUUUUCAGAAACUCAUUUGCCCAUCUAAGAUGGGAGCCUUAUUUUGGGAUGAAAGGCUCUGUGCCCCAGGGGAGCAGUGGCAGGGAGUUUGCUUCCACUUCUUCAGCUCCCAGAGUGCCAUCCCUGUGGCUCUUCCCAAUUGGAAGGGUUUGCUGGAAGUGGAUUUCACCCCUGCAAACCUGCCCAAGUCAAUGGCAGUCAUCUCCUUCAGUUGUGUCUCAAUGGUUGCCAUGCAAAAAUUAAAUAUAUACGUAAUGCAUGGAUUUAUUUUGUAGGCGUUUGUGUUUCAACACAGCUCAGCACAAGGACAGUGGGGUAGAAAUGGUUGGAAAUGUUUCCUUGGGAGCUCAGAGCCAGGAUUGUGAGUGCUCUGAGUUAGUGUUGGGCUGUGAGAGAGAUGCCAAACCCCAAAGACCCUCCCUUGUGCUCCUCCACAUCCCCACAAGGAUCUGGCUGCACAUUUCCUCCCCUAUUUCCUUAUGGUUUCCCCAUAUACACCCCCUAACCCCACUCCCGACGGCUUUAUCCUAAAAGGAAGCUGACAAAACUGCAAGGUGACAUCGCUCAGCAUCUCCCCGGGACAAGAAACUGGGGAAGAGACAAAGGAGAAACCCAGAGCUCCCAGCACACCCAGCCAAGGGUGCCACCAGGAGCAGACCUGCAGGCUCGACGCAUCCAUCCCGCAGCUCUACCCCGGAAUGGGAAGGAACAGGAAGGGAAAACCCCAACCCCAUCAAAGGGCUGAAAACAACAGGUUCUGUAGGUUCACCAGGGAAGAAAUCCAGAGGGAUGUUAGGCUUCCCAAAGGAGGAGAGAGAAGGGCUCUGAGGAAGAAGAGCACCCUGGAGUGCCCAAACCUGGAGGAUCUGCUGGAAGACCUGAAAAAUGAGAUUGAGAAGAGGCAGAAAAGCACCGCCAGGCUCUCGGAGGAGAUUUCCCAGCAGGAAACGAAAUCACAGGGAGAGAAGAGUCAGCAUUCGGAUGUGAAAAGCCCCACCACCAGGUAUGGAAAAGUGACCUUCCAGCUGCCAGCGGGGCCAGAAGAGAGGCUGUGCCAUUUCUCAUGGAGGAACGGAGCUCUGAAGGAACACCUGAAGAAGCUUCAAGCCAGCAUCACCCUGGACCCCGACACCGCUCACCCUGACCUCGUCCUCUCCGAAGACAGAAAGAGUGUGAAACGUGGGGCAGGACAGCAGGACCUUCCCGAUAACCCCGAAAGAUUCGCCUACUGGCCCUUUGUUUUGGGCCACCAAAGCUUCUCCUCCGGCCGGCACAGCUGGGAGGUGGAAGUGGGGGAUGAAGGGGACUGGGCCAUCGGCGUGGCCCGAGAAUCCAUCCCACGAAAGGGUCAACUCAGCCUAUGUCCCAAAGGGGGGAUUUGGGGGGUGGAGAAAUGGGGGGGACAGAUCCGGGCUCUCACCACCCACAAGGUGACCCUGUUAGCUCUGCGCUGGGUGCCCAGGAGGGUCAGCAUCCACCUGGACUACGCUGGAGGGACGGUGGCAUUUUUUGAUGCCGAUGAAGGGGGGAUCAUCUUUGUUUUUUCCCACGCGUCUUUUGCUGGGGAAGGGGUCCGUCCAUGGCUGUGGGUGGUGGGGGUCAGGUCCAAGCUGAGGCUGUGUCCCUGAGACACGGACGAGGGCCACCCCACAUCCUACAGCCUAAAAAGGGACAGCCCCUUCCCCACCCAUCCCGCGGGGAGCAGAUGAAAUGAGGAGUUGGGUUUUUAUGUGUCCUUCAUCCCUAUGAACCUACCACCAUGGAAUCACAUUGAUAUGAUAUUGACUGGCGUGAUAUUGUUAAGAAGUGCUGAGCAAGAGAAAAACGGGGCAACAAAAGGGAAAAGUGCUGCACUGGGUGAUUGGAAUGUAGAAAAGAGUGGUCAAAAGGGAAAAUCCCUCUCAAAAGAGUGGCAGAAAGACAGAUUUCCCCAGGGUUUUUCUGAUCAGGUACUGUUGUCCCCAUCUGAGAUGGUCACCUUCAAAUCACUCUUCUUGAAGAUUUGGUAUUUGAAACCUCAGAGUGUACAAUAAUUCAUAAUAAAAUACUUAAUUUUCCCCUCUGUGUCUUUCUCUCUGCCAAUAGACAGCAAAACACAACGCUUUCGGGGAUGACCCACUUGAAUGGAUCGUUCUGGGUUCCAACACAGCCAACUUUGUGCAGACACCAGGAAUGGGGUUUAGUCAUCCCAAAUCCUUGGGAUUUGGGCCAACGAACUCUUCAGAUUUAUUUCCCACAUCCUCAGAGUCGUUCUGAACAUCUGAUGGAUCAGAAAGAUU